CAGAAGUUUGGUUGGCGGACGACAAGUUAAAAAGAAAUAUAUUAAGGAAAAUCAAAAUUAAUUGAAAAAUAAUUAAAUAUAAAAAAAAUUAAUUUUUGUGUCGCCGGUUGAUCAAAUUCAUAGUGUUUCUAGUUCUUGUCGUAAAGUUACAGUUUUAUUAGAAAGGUCAAGUGGAAGUGGAAGUUUAUGUACUUAAUUAAAAAGACAUUAUAUUUUGACAUUCAAAUUAAAUUCACAAUAGGUAUUUUUGUGAGAUAUGAUUUGUGAGCUUUCAGUACGAAUUACGGUAUGCAUAUUGCACAAUCCAUAUUUUUGUUAUCAAUGCAGAAUAUAAGGUAAAGGCUGUAGCCUAAAAACGAAAAUUAAAAAAUAAUAGAAUUAAAAUACUAAAAUUCUUUGGCGAUCGAAGUUUGAGUAUAAGUGAUUUAUUAAUAUAAAAAACCUUAAAUGUAGUAAAGGUUUGGAUUGGAAAUUUGUAUCGUUUUUUUUUUCUAAUAAGAAAGUGUAUCUUAUAAAAUAUUUUAUUUUUAAUAAGCAUAUUAUUUUUCAAAAAUAAUUAUUUUCGAAAAACUGAUUUCUUUAAAAUAAAAAAUAAAAUUUGACAGUUGACAUAAAAGUAAUAAACAAAUUAAAUGCUGAAGUAUUGAACUUAAGAACUGCAAUGCUGUAAAACUAGAACAUUUUACUUGACAGUACCAUAACAUUGGAAUAAAAAUCAUUAGACAGAAGAUAUCCUCUACUCCAUUCGAAGAAAACUAUUGAUUUCAGGAGUUUGUGUUCACGAGUAUGUUUAAUGAGGUGUUAAAAUUCUCACAUGAUUUUUGCUCAAAUAUAUUCCAAUAUUAAAUUUUAAUUUAAAAAAUAUAAAUAAUUGAUAUAAAAAAUAAAUAAUAAAAUUAUUACUAUUUAUUAAAGUGCAAUUAGAAAUUACAGUAAAUUCUAUAAAAAAUCAAUUAAUAUUAAUAUUGUGUUCAAAUUGAGUGUCAGAAUAUUUUAAGUGAUUUCCACAUUCUAUAUAUAUUAAACGAGUUAAAAAAAAAUUACUAUUCAAUAAUAAUGACAUCAUUGAUCCUUUAAUGGAGUUUUUUUAUUGGAAUGCGGCAAAAUUAAUUUAUUUGGAACUAUGAUAUGUUGCGGCCAACUAAAAAUUUUUAUAAGAAUUUUAACAACGAAUCUCAGUUGAAAGAAGCUGUAGGCGACGACGACGAAAAAACAUAAUUCUUGAAUAAAAUCUGCAAUGAGCCAUAAGAAGCUAAUUAAAAGGUUGCGAUCACCCUGGAGAUGGAUCCAGGUUUUUAUUAUGAACUUGGUUGUACUUCUAGUUUCAAUAAAAUCAGCUCAUUAUUUAAUUUGUUAAAUAUAUAGAGAAACACACUUUUAUUGGACAUCUGUUUCCAUGAGAUGGUUCAAGAGAUAUGGGAAAAAAUGUAUUCUUUAAAGUGAGGAGUGAUGUUCCAAUUUUAUUGUUAUUUUCAGCAAAAAAAAAAAAAAAACAUUUUCUGGCUACCCGCCUGAUUAAUGUUUUAAUAUGACGAAAAUGGAAGUGCUCAAAGUCAUGACAUGGAUCCAAGCAUAGAUUUGCUGCAAGAGUUAAAUUUAUAUAAAAAUCAUUCUAGUUAUCCUGGUGUUUCGUUAACAUGUAAGGGCUAUCAUAAUAGUAGCAUCGCUUUUCGUUUAGAAAAUAAUAAUAGUAGAAGAAUGUUAAUGGUUCCACAAACAAGUUUGAACCGAAUAACAAAUUUAUUAAGAAAAUCAUCAGAAUUUACUUUUACGGCAAUUAUUAAACAAGAUAAAAGCAAUAUAGGAUCAAUUAUUGCAUUUUCAUAUGGAAAGUUUAGGUAUAUGGAAUUAGAAUCAAGUGGUAAUCGUGAUGAAAUACGUUUUCACUUUUCAUAUAUAACAGAAAGUGGUCAAUUAAAUGUUCAAACAGAAACUUUUUCACGUAAAUUAGCUGAUGGUAAGUGGCAUAAAAUUGCACUUGCUGUAAGUGGUCCCGAAAUACAACUAAUAAUUGACUGCCAUCCCCUAUAUAAAAGAGUGAAUAAUUUUAUACCUGAUAGGAAUUUCAGUGCUUCCAAUUUGCAAUUAUUCGUUGGUCAGAGGAAUUCAGAAAGUCAUAGUACUUUUAUGGGCUGCAUUCAAAAUGCAAAUAUAAUUGUUAAACCCUAUGGGUAUGUAACACAGUGUCCCCAUAUGCAUGAACAGUGUCCUUCAUGUGCACAAUUUAAUCUCCUACAACGUACUAUAGAAGAAUUAGAAAAUAAAUUGAUCAAACUUUCACAAAGGCUGCAUGCUGCAGAAACUCAAAUAUCUCGACUUCAAGAAUGUGAAUGUAAGAUAUCUUGUAAUAUAAAUGGAACAAUUAGAGAAGAUGGAAUGACAUGGAAUAAUGGUUGCGAUGUGUGUAAAUGUGAGCAAGGCAUGGUAAUAUGUGAUAAACAGAAAUGUGAGCCAACUCCUUGUAGUUAUCCAGUAUUAGAAGAAGGAUCAUGUUGCAAAAAAUGUCUAAAAAAUUGUUAUUUAAAAGGACGAUAUUUUGAACAUAACGAAUACUAUAUUGAAGGAUGCCGUAAUUGCACGUGCAGUGAUGGAUUUAUGGCCUGUGCUGUAAUUGAUUGUCCUGAGGUUAAUUGUUUAUCUAAAGGUUUAAUAGAAGCUAAAAGCGAAUGUUGUAAAGUUUGUAAAGGCGACGAUUUUUGUUCAAAAGGACAUGCAUGUCAUGCCAAUGCUACGUGUGUUAAUUUAUAUACAAAAUAUACAUGUAUAUGUCACCAGGGUUUUGAAGGAAAUGGGUUCCAGUGUUCGGAUAUCGAUGAAUGUGCCGAAAAAGGUGGCCUUAAUGGUAAUCACUGCCAUUCCAAUACAUAUUGCGUUAAUACUCAAGGAUCAUAUAAAUGUGAAUGUUUACCUGGUUUUACAAGAGAAACAUCACUUACUUGUGUUGAAAUCAACGAAUGUUUAUCAAAUUUACAUAAUUGUCAUGAGAAUGCCAAUUGCAUUAAUACACAAGGUUCAUAUAAAUGUGAAUGUAAACCAGGUUAUAUUGGUGAUGGAUAUCAUUGUGAACCUGUAUGCAAUCAGACAUGCUUACAUGGUGGUCAAUGUUACAAACCAAACGAAUGCUCUUGUUGGUUAGGUUUUAUUGGUGAAUCAUGUGAGCAGGAUUUAGAUGAAUGUGAUACGGGUCAACAUAGUUGUAAAAAUUCGUCAGAAUGUGUCAAUAUGCCGGGUUGGUACUUUUGUAAAUGUAAACCUGGUUAUCAUUCAUUAGGGCCUGAAUGUAUUGAUAUUGAUGAAUGUUUAACUGACAAAAGUACAUGUCAUCCAACAGCUAAAUGCAUUAAUACUGAUGGUCAUUACAGAUGUGAAUGUCCAUUAGGCUUAGAAAACAAUGAAUGCAAAUUAAGUUGUAUAUUCGAAGAUACUGAAAUUGAAAAUGGUGCUAGUGUGUUUCCUAGAAAUGAUCCUUGUACAAAUUGCACUUGCGACAAUGGAGUUAUUACAUGUGAAGAAAUUAAAUGUAAUUGCUCUGCUUGGGAAUCAACUCCUGAGAAAACAUUGUGUUGUCCCCAGUGCAGUACAAACGCGACUUGUCAACAUCAGGAAUUGAAAAAUGUGGUUUUCAGAAGUGGCGAAAAAUGGAUCUAUCAAUGUCAAACUUGUGAAUGUUUGUUCGGUGAAUUUGAUUGUUGGCAACUUGAAUGUCCCCCUUUGUCCUGUGACAAUCCCCUGCCGUUGAAACAAGGUGAUUGCUGCCAGCGAUGCCCCGAUGAUCCUUGUAAUAACUUAAAGCAAACGAGUAACAUCACAUCGAAUUUGUGCACGUAUAAAGGACAUCAAUUUCCUUCUGGACACAUAUUUAAUGAUCCGUCCACCCAGUGCACUACGUGUGACUGUAAAGUUCCACAUUGUGCCCAACUGGUGAGCAAUUCUUCGUUUUGUGUACAUCGGACGGUGAACUCUAUUGUAGCGUUAACAAUUCUUGCACUAAUCUGGAUAAUGAAAUCAUUGAAUUACCCGCCCAAAAUUCCAGUGUAUCAUCUACCCCCGCUAAAGAUGUUUCUAACGAUAAUUCAACACAGGAAACAUCAACAUCAAAAGAGAAGUUAAUUAUUGAAACUUAAGGAUUAAUUAAUUAAUUAAUAAAAAAAAAAAUGAAAAACAAGUAAAAAAAAAAAAUUAGGAAAACAAACAAAUAUAAAAACAAUUGAAAACAAAAUAAUCAACUAACGAACUUUGGUUACUGUUAAAACUGUCGAUAAUCAAUCAUAAAAUAAUAAUUAAUAAUUAAAAAUAAUAAUAAUAAAAAAAAAGAAAAAUAAAAAAAAAAUAUGAAAAAAUCAUAGAAAACAAAAAAUAUUUACACCAAGCGUACUAAAACAAAAUUUAAAUAAAGAAAGCAAAGUUAUAAAUUACAAAAUUGAAUUCAAAAAAAAAAAAAGGAAAGAAAAAGGAAAAAUUCAAGUGUCUACUAUCUUUUUAUGUCAUAACAUAAUUAUAAUUGCGAUUUAAGAAUAGUUUUCCUACUUUCGUCAAAGCCAAAAAUAAAUCAGCCUAAAAAAUUAAUAGCUGGCAAUGUUUAACCUAGACCUGGCAAUGUUUAAAAUUUAUUAUGCAAAUGAAAAAUUAUAACCGUAAAAUAAUAUUACAAAAUUUAGCAUAAAUAAAUGUGGCGGAAGUAUGCGAUUACAAUAAAUUGAAAACUCGCAAUGCAACAUGCAAUCAAAAGAAUUUCUUUUUCAAUUAUAAGAUUGGUUAAUGAAUUUAAAAUUUAAAAUUUUUUGUAUUUGAAAACAUUUCGUGUUUAUUUUACACUAAUUUCUGUAAUAUUUUUUUUAUAAUUUUAUGUUUUUUAUUUAUUUUGUUAGUAAAAACAAGAUAUUAAUUAUAUUAAUAUCUGUUAAUAAUAAUGUAUGACAUUGUUAAAACAAUUUUGCCUCUAAUUAAAAUGUAAUUCUUACACUAAGUUUUGACCUAUUCAAUAAUAUAAUUUCAAUUGCUGAUUAAAUUAGAUUAUAGAUUAUUUUCAUUUAGUUGGAAUACCUUUUAUUUUUAUAAUUAAAAAAAUAAAUAUUAUUUUAAAUAAAUAUUUAUGGGUGCAUUUAGAAAUUAUAUUUUAUAAAUGAUGUUAAAACAUAAUUUAAAAUUUUAUACUACACAAAUUUUAUUGUUUCAUUUCUUA